UCAAACGUGCUCCGGUGGGCAACGCUUCCUUUUACUUUUUAAUUUGAAAUGUAAAUUCAGUUAUUUCACCCAAAAAAAACAAAACCAAAACAAGAAUGAUAAUAAAAGGAAUAAUAAAUAAUAAAGAUAUAAACAACAGUUAGUUGGCUGAUGUUCACUGCGUUCCAUUUCGUUUCGUUCCGUUGCGCUUUUCAACCGGCGUUUUUGCGCAUGCGUGCGUGCGUGCACUGCGUGCUGCAUUUUGGUGUGUGUGUUGGUGCGACGCUUUAAAUGGCGUUUUAAGUGAAAUUAAAAUGACGGAUGUGCUGUAAUUUGCACACUCACGCUCGCUCGCUCGAUAAAUACAACAACAUCAACAACGGCGACAACAACAGCAACAAAGUAUAAAACCAAGAAUCAAGAGGAAUAAAUAAUAAAUAACAACACACGCUGUUUGGUGGCCGGGGCGUUGUAUUUGUAGCAUGUGCCUUAGUUGAUCGAAUUAAGUGCGAGUUUUAUAGCGCCCGCGGGACCGGGAACUGCAAUUGACUGCCAGCCGACUGGGCAACCGGAAAUGCAAGCCCCACAACAGCAAAAGCAACAAAAAAAUAACAAAAACAACAACAAAAACAACAGCAAGUGUAACACCCCCGCCCAGGAAACAGCGGCAAUAAGUGCUAAUAAGUGAGCCACAGACUAUAACUAAAACCGGAUGCAGGGCCACUAGUAAUUGCCAAUUUUAGUUAUCUCUUCGCCUCUUUUUUUCUUUUCGUUCAAUUGGAAAAAUCUGUUGGUUUUGUGUGCCUUAGUUUUUUUUUUAGUCAUGCUUAGGCGACUCAUAAUAUAUUUGCCUAAGUAACUUCGUCACGCACUGCGCAUCCCUCGAUUUUCUGGCUGCAUUCGUUCCCCCCUCAAAAUGCGGCUUUUGCUUCUGCAACGGUGGCCCCCCUCCCACCAAAGGGUCGCCUCCCGCCACCGAAACGCAAGUUAAAGCCAUAAACAAGCUAAGCUAAGAAAAAAAAACAGCAACACAAAAAGAUAAAGAAGCACAACAACAACAAAAAAUAAAGGGGUAACGAAAAAAACUCAAGGUGCGUUGCACUCGUUUUGUCAUUGAUUCCGCGGAUGCGAAAUAGCAUGCGGCAGUUGCAAGAAAAGAAACACAGGCAACAGCUGCUGCGACAAAAGCCAGGCCAAAAGCAAAAGCCAAAACCAAAACAGCGAUUAUUUCAAGCAUCCGCCUCCACUUUCCCAACCCUCCUUGCAAAAAAAACCCUUGCUGCCUGUCUUUUGUAACGUGGCCAGAACGUUGCCGGGCAAUUAUUAUUUUGUAAGACGUUUUACAAUUUAAUGGUUUUCAUGAAUGGACUUGGAUCCGACCCUCUGUCAGCAAAGGAGGCAGAGGGCCCUCCGGUUCAGGUUGAACCAGUUGAUUUGAGCUUGCGUUCGCCGCGCGCGAGCACUUCGCAUGGCAGCAGCAGCAGUGGCAGUGGCAGCUGUAAAUCCUCGUCGGCCAGCAAGGCAAUUGGCUACAGCAAUGGCAAGCAGAGUGGGUCCUCCGGCUCGUCCUCGUCCUCGGGCUUUGGAGCGGGAACAGCUGGUGCCGCCUCGUUGGGGGCCUUUGCCCGCCAGCAACAUCAGCAGCUGCAGCAGCAACAUCAGACGACGCAGCAGCAACAACAACUUUAUGCCUCCGGUGUGUCCAAGUUGCCAUUCUCGCCGUUCUUCGCGGCCUCGCCAUUCUUUUUCACCUAUCGACGGAUCAGUGGCGGCGGAAGUGGCAGCGGCGGUAUCAAGCAGGAGGACAACAACAACAGCUGCAGCUACAACAACGGCAGCAAUAGCGGUGGUGCAGGAUCCGCGGGGAGCAGCAUGCAGGACUACGAUCGCAAGUUCUCGCUGUUGAGUCUCUUCAAGAAUCCCUAUAAGUUCGGAGAUGGUCAGGCUACGAGAAAGUCCUCGCCCACUGGCGGCUCCAGCAAAUCCUUGGCCGGAUCGGGCUGCUCCUCCUCGCCGAGUUGGAAGAGCUAUGCGGGAUCGGGAUCGCCCCAUGCCGCCUUAAAUCCCGCCUUCGGUGGCAUGGCUUUGGGGGCGACGCGCAAGGACAGCAGCAGCUUCAGUGGCAUCAAUUUCGGCGGAGGGGGCUCCGCCUUCGGGCGAUCCUCCUCCUCGGACUCGGCGGCCAACAACGGCUACAAUGAUCUCUCCAAGAACCGCAAGGUGCACAAGUGCGACACCGAAGGAUGCGACAAGGUGUACACGAAGAGUUCGCACCUUAAGGCGCACAAAAGAACGCACACAGGCGAGAAGCCGUAUGUGUGCACGUGGGAGGGCUGCAUCUGGCGGUUCGCCCGAUCCGAUGAGCUGACCCGCCACUACCGGAAGCACACGGGCGUGAAGCCGUUCCGCUGCCAACUGUGCACCCGGAGCUUCAGCCGCUCGGACCACCUGUCGCUGCACAUGCGCCGCCACUGAGGAACUGCGACUGCCGAUCUGGCCAUACAUACUCGUACUCGUAUUCACACUGGUACUCAUGCGAGUACUCAUCCGGGUACUCGUACUCACAUCCGAGAAUACUCAUCCGAGAUGCUGCGGGAAAGCAGCUCUUUAUUAUUUAUAUGCACUCGAACCACUUCCAUUGAUCAUUCGCUGAGACCAGAUCAGAUAUUCCAUAUCGCCUAAGUAGCUCAAUUUUGAUUUUAAGAGGGCUCAAAGCCCAAUUUAGAUUUAGUUAAACUGUAGUUACAGGGCGGAAAGAUUUGUAAAAUUUUUCACAUUUUAAGCCCAGAGACAAUUGCCUUCAGAAGCCAAGUUAACAAAGUGGAUUAAUACCUACUAUAUAUAUAUAUAAAUAUAGAUAAAUAUCUGCAUAGUUAAAUAUACAUAUUUUUAGAGAUAGUUUUGGAUUGGUGCUAGCAACUUGCGUGUACAUAGAUCUAGAUAAACAUUUACAGCCUAGUUCGAUAAGAAGAAGUUUAACUAAUUUUAGAUCAAAUUUUUAUUGGUUAUUAAGUAGAAAAUUGUAUACAAAAAAAGAACUACAAAAGAGGCAAAACAACCGGAAGAGCCAAGCAAAGCAAUAUUUAUCUGAAUAGAAAUUCUCUCAUCUGUAGGAUAUCUUAAACAUUUUGUACUAUACGCAUAUGAUGUGAUAGUUGUUGAGGAUUUUGGCCAAGGGGAUUGGAGAGAGAGUAUACUUGCUCACUAGUAAAUUCCAUUUAUUCUUAAUCACUACGUUUCAAUUAUACUUCUUUUAUUUUAUUUCAUUCUGUAAUCGCUUUUCUCUUAUGUGCUAUAAAAUUAAAACUGUAACACAAUGUGCUUAACAAUUAAAAGGAAGUUAACAUAAAUAUUAUGUCACGAAGAUACACAUUUUUUAAAUGUUCCUUUUUGUUUUAUGCGAAUGUCUUUAAUUUAAAAAACUUACAUUAAAUUCAAAUUAAUGACAAGACAAUAUUUUUUAGGAUGUUUAAAAGACAAAUUGUAAAUUGAAUAUAUUUUCUGCUAAAGCAUUAAAUAAACAAUUAAAAUAUUUCA